AUGUCAGCCACCAACGGCACGCACUACGAGCAGCUGCAGCAGGGCCGCACGAAGAUGUACAAGUCCAAGGAGGACGUCAUCCUGGGCGCCCAGUGGGGCGACGAGGGCAAGGGAAAAGUGGUGAACAUGCUGACCUCCGGUGUGGACAUCGUCUGCAGGUGUCCGGGCGGGAAUAAUGCUGGACACACUGUGGUGGCUAAUGGCACGCAGUUCGACUGUCAUCUCCUGCCCAGUGGAGUUGUGAACGAGAAGUGCGUUUCCGUCAUCGGCAAUGGCGUCGUCAUCCACCUGCCCUCGCUGUUCGACGAGGUGCUGAAAAAGGAGACCAAGGGGCUGCAGCUUUCGGAGAACCGGCUGAUCAUCUCGGAUCGUGCCCACUUAGUGUACGACUUCCACCAGCAUGUGGAUGGUAUGCAGGAGGCCGAAAAGGGCGGCAAGUCGCUCGGCGGCAAGGGCAUCGCUCGGACUUACUCCAGCAAGGCCACUCGCAAAAGCAUCCGAGUGGGCGAACUGCUCGGUGACUUUAACCUGUUUAGCGACAAGUUCAAGUCGAUUCUGGCCACGCACGUGCGCCUGUUAACAUCGAUGUAUGUGGAGGCGGAGCUGGCCCGCUACAAGGACUACGCGGAUAAGGUGCGUCCCUAUGUCAUGGAUACCAUUUGCUUCCUGCACAACGCCCUGCGCAACGGCAAGACUAUCCUGGUCGAGGGCGCCAACGCGGCCAUGCUGGACAUUGACUUCGGCACGUACCCGUAUGUGACGAGCAGCAACUGCAGCAUUGGAGAAGUUCUCACGGGUCUGGGUCUGCUCCCACAGACGAUUGGCGAGGUGAUUGGCGUGGUCAUGGCCAAUACGAUGCGAGUGGGCGGUUGUCCCUUUCCCACCGAGCAGCUGAAUGAAAUUGGCGACUUGCUGCAGACGCGCGGCUUCGAGAUCGGGGUCACCACCAAGCGAAAGUGCCGCUGCGGCUGGCUGGACAUACCGCUGCUGAAGUACACAACGCUGGUCAACGGCUACACUUGCAUCUGCCAGACCAGGCUGGACAUUCUCGACACGCUACCGGAAAUCAAGGUGGAAGUGGGCUACAAGCAGCCCAGUGGCGAGAAGCUCGACCACUUCCCAGGCACCAUGGCCGAACUGGGAAGCACUGAGGUGGAGUACGCAGUGCUGCUAGGCUGGCAGACCUCCACCGAGCACAUACGCAACUUCAAGGAGCUUCCGGAGUAUGCCCAGAGCUAUGUCAGGUUCCUGGAGAGCGAGCUGAGCGUUCCCGUGCGCUGGGUGGGCGUCGGAAAGUGCAGCGAGUCCAUCAUCAACGUGCAUUAA